AUGAACUCCAUCAAAAAGCUAGUUGCAUCUUUUGAACCGUUCUACCUGCCUCCGCUAGAGUCAGCUGGCAAGAACCCUUCCCGUGACGAAAAGACCUUCAAGGAAGAAUCCGACCCUGAAACCGUCGAAUCCACAGAGUCCGCUGAACAUGGCCAGCCGAACCCCUCGACAAAUCCUUUAGAGUCUACAUCGUUUCUUCGACAUGUGUGGUCACUCCUUUUGUUCCUCCCCCAGAACUUGCUCAUACGGCCACUCAUGCUCUUGUGGCUUCUAAUAACCUUCCCUUUUACGUACUUUUUCGAACAAGAGUACCCCCAGAUCCUUGGCAACAACUCUGCUGCUUCUCAAGAAGAACAGCGGGAGAAGAUUGAGUUGCUUAAACAGGAGCGCAUCAUGGCCAACCACAUCAAGUCUCCUUCUUCGCUGUCGAAAUACUUCAUUCCACCGCCUCCCAGGCUCUUCCCGCUUUCCAGAAACCCAGAUAAAAGAAAAAAGAAGAAGGUGCUUAUCUUAGAUUUAGAUGAAACGCUCAUCCACUCGCUUUCUCGAGGGGCCCCCAGAUCGUUGGGCGGCUCUGGAGGUCAGUGCCACAUGAUAGAGUUGAAAGUCAAUAAUGUCUCUACAUUAUACUAUGUUUAUAAAAGACCAUUCUGUGAUUUCUUCCUUAAGGAAUUGAGCAAAUGGUUUGAACUUCAAAUCUUCACCGCCAGUGUGCAAGAGUACGCUGAUCCAAUCAUUGACUGGUUAGAAAUGGAUUUGAUUGAUUACAAGAAAGUCCAAGGCGCUCAGCGUGAUGCUCCAAACAAAGUCUUUACGAAACGGUACUACCGUAACGAUUGCACAUACAGACAAGGUGUGGGGUACAUCAAGGAUUUGUCAAAGUUUUUCCCUAAAGACGAUGAUCUCAAGAAUGUCAUCAUUUUGGAUAACUCACCCAUCAGCUAUGCUUUGCACGAGCACAAUGCUGUGAUGAUCGAGGGCUGGAUCAAUGACCAGAGCGACAGGGACUUGAUAAAUCUCUUACCCAUGCUUUACAGUUUGAGCAAUUGCAUAGACGUAAGGUUUAUUUUGGGGAUGCGGAGCGGAGAAAAACUCUUUGAGAGUUUAUGA